AUGAUAGGCUCACCUGACGUGGUGGCUUUCACUAAAGAGGAUGAGUACGGCCAGACAAGUCCGGACCCCUGGGCUCUCCCCGAGGAGUUCUCCAUCCCUCUCCAUCCUCUGGCCGACUCCAACCCCUGGGCCAAAACCUCCUACGCCAAGUUCACCAAAGACUUCAUCCUCAUCUCUGAGUUCUCCGAGCAGGUGGGCCCUCAGCCGCUCCUCACCAUCCCAGAUGACCCCAAAGUCUGUGGCACCUUCGAUCUCAACUACUUCUCCCUGCGCAUCAUGUCGGUGGACUACCAGGCCUCCUUCGUUGGGCACCCGCCUGGCAGCGGCUACCCGAGACUCAGCUUUGUGGAGGACUCGAGGGUGGUGCUGGGCGACUCGAAGGAGGGGGCGUUCGCCUACGUCCAUCACCUUACUCUGUAUGACCUGGAGGCGAGGGGCUUUGUGCGACCGUUCUGCAUGGCGUACGUUUCAGCAGAUGAGAGGAAAAUCAUGCUGCAGUUUCAGGAGCUGUCCCUCCGCUUCUCUCAGGCCUCUGAGUGUCUGAAGGCCGGGAACAGGAGAGCCUUCGCCAAGGAACUCCAGAGGAAGCUGCGGGACCUUGAGUACACUCACUCCGUGCUGCAGAGGGAGGAGGGCCUGCAGAGAGAGGCGGGGCCUCAGUGCAUGUACUCCGCUCACGCUGUGGAGAAAGCCAAUGAGCUUGCUAACGUGGAAAAGAGCAUCUACGAACACAGAGACCUGCUGAGACAGAUCAGCUCCUAUCAUUGCCGCCCGCGCCGGGAUCCUCACGCUGUCACCUGCCAGAAGUGCAUGACUGAGUGCUUGAGUGAGUGUGAGGCGCUGUUAGACAAAUACGCCAAGCUCGCCAACCCCUUCAGUUACACCGACAAAGGGGGGAAAGGGGAGGAAGGUCAGGUUAACGUGGAAGGAGGUGAAGAGGAAGUGGAGGAGGACGUUAAACGCAGGCCGUCCUACACACCACAGCUGAUCAAAGCCAAGUCUGCCAAGUGUUUCGACAAGCGCCUGAAGACCCUCCAGGAGCUGUGUGACCAGACUUUCUACGGGGCCACCGUGGAGCUCCUGAAGGAGACGGAGAGGAGUUUCCGGGGCGACCUGUGUUACCUUCACACACGCCGCCUUGACAAGACUCUGCGCAGGAGACAGAGAGUUACCAACUUCCUGUUUGAGGAGGAUCUCGGUGAUGAUGAUGAGGAUGAAGGAGGAACGCUAAGACCGUUUUGUGCUGUGAACCACGCUGUAGACAACUAUACACUCUUAAAUCCACCUCCUAUUGUGCUGGGACCAGAACCUCUAGAGCUGGACUCACUGGAGCCUCCAGAUCCUUUAGACCCGGCCUCUGAGACCAGCCAUACUCAGGAGAGUGAGCUUGGGCUCGGGGAGAGCCACCUGGAGUCCUCCCCCUCAGACCAGACUCUGGAGACCCAGGAGAGCUCAGAGGAGACCAAAGGAAGCUUUAGCAGCGAUAAGAGCGGGAUGGGUCCAGCACAGAAGCACGAAAGUCUUGCUAGUGUGAGGUCAGAACCUCCCGAUCCUGAUUCCGACUUAACCCUUGACCCCGACCACAACGCUGACCUGGAGAGGGAGAGCAGCAGUGAAGAGACCACUGCAGGGGAGGAUGAGGGAGACCAGACGCCGGUGUCUCUGCUGGAAGUGGUGUCCGAGCUGGAGGCCAGCAGAGAGGACGACUGUGAGAGAGGAAGUGAUGGGGCUUGUGAGAUGGAGUCCGACUUGUUGGUUCCAAUAGACACUGCGUGCUGUAUGGCUCAAGAGGGUUUCCUGUAUGAGGCGUCUGCCCCAGAGGCGGAUCUUCAUCUGGGCCAAAGCUCCCACCAUCAGCCCUCUCAUACGCUGGUUGUUAACCAGGAGCCACAGGCCCUCCUUCCACUCCAGGACGACUACACUGUGGGUUCUCCGUGCUCUGAAAGCCCUGCAGCUGGGCUGGAGCUGCCCGUGGGGCUCCUGGGAGAUGCAGUUUCCCAUACCUCAGUGGAGGACGGGUCAGACUGCACCAUGAGUGCUUCUACAGGGUCCGAUCGGGCUGCCUCGCCUCUGGGCUAUGGGGGGGUGGUGACCCUGCGUCAGAGGAAGAAGGCUGGACAAGGAGCCCUGAGGUUUGUGCGACAGUACCCCUUUGCCAUACAAGCUCUGUGGUGCCUGCUGAGUGGCAGAACCCUGGUGGUUCUCGGGGCAGAUGAGGGGAGAGUCCGUCGGUUGGUUGCUGCUCUGGCCCUCUUUGUGCCUGGCCCUGGGAAGUGUGGAGAGAGGGUUCAAGCCUGGUUGUCCUGCCCUUUCACCCUUACUGACCUGCAGAGGUGGAAACUCGUCGGAUUGCAAAGAGUGGCGUCCCCUGUGGGUUCUAGCAUGCUUUACUCGCUGUCCCGCUACAGUCGCUACAUCUCCAUCCUUGACGCCGACCAGAAGACUUUGCGCUGCCCGCCGUAUCGUGGCCAACUGCUUGCCAACGUAGCCGACCACCGCACCUACAUCCGCCGUGGCUCCACCUACUUCCUUCACGUACAGAGCACCCUGUGUCGCAUGGCAGCCAAGGCCUUCCUGUUCACCUUCACCCACCACCUCCACCUGCCGGUCAGCUCCGCGGAGGGGCCAGAGGUGGUGGAGGGCCGACGCCGCUGCUUCCUGCAGGAGCAGCUGGGGCUGGGCGAGGAGGACAGCCAGAUACUGCUCUACCUCAGCCAGCUCGUCACUCAGCAGUACCUACAGCCUGCCACCGGGGGCAGCGCAGCCGCAGCACCUUGUUUUAGUUUUAACUACACCACCAGCGUUUUAUACAAAAUCUAAUAUUCUUCUGCGAGGAGGAUUCUCACACACAUUUUUUAGCAGAAAUCAUCUGUGACCCUUUGGUUUUUAAAGGACCAAAGGUGAUCGUAAUAAGGUCUAAAGUAUUUUUAGUUUCAGGACAAUCUCUGCUUUGGUUAUUGUUUUUUUUCUUUUCUGCCAUGCUGUCUUUUCCUCUGCUCUCACUAUCUCCUCAGUGUGCAGGGAAAAGGAGAAGGAGCGAGUUGUGAAUGUCAGCGAGUGGUUUACUUGCAGGUGUUUGGCCCGGAGCAUGUUGACACUCACAAACACACACACACCGCAGAGCAGAUGAAGGUCGCCUCUGCUUAUUGUCCUUUGAGCCAUUUGUGUGUUUUCCUCCUCCGUGGGAAAAAAAAAAUGUUACUUGCACGGGCUUGUUUGAGGUCAGUCCCCCCCCCCCA